UGACUCUUACUAUAACGCCGUGUUUCACUGUUGGUGUAUUUCUUGCUCCGUUGUCAAGUUAGAUGGGUCAAGUUCAAAAAUUAUUGACAGUUUUUGUGUACUAUAACUUAUAAGAACAAAAUAUAGGACAGUCAAUAUUGAUUUUAUGGUUAUGAUGGUAUGUGAAACUAUUAUUUAACGGACAAGCGGUCAGUUUAUACUGAAAACCCACUACAUAGAGAAUACCGGAUACCAGUUAUUUCAAGAAUGUCACCAGCAAAUGUUCUCAUCACUGGUGCUAACAGAGGUAUCGGUCUGGAAUUUGUUAAACAGUACGCUCAGCUUCAACCGAAUUGUCCACAGCAUGUUUUUGCAGGUUGUAGAUCGCCAGACUCUGCUAAGGACCUCCAAGAUUUGCAGACAAAAUACAAGAACAUAAAAAUUGUUAAAAUAGACUUAAAUGACGAGGCGACUUAUGCUUCUGCUGCUAAAGCUGUUGAGGAAGUUGUUGGAGACGCAGGUCUGAAUCUCCUAAUAAACAAUGCAGGUGCUGCAAAUCGAGCAAGUCUAGACACUGUAACCAGCGAGGAUAUGGUUAGUCUAUUCCAAAUAAAUGCCGUCGGACCACUGAUGCUCACUAAAGCCUUUCUACCUCUACUACGCAAGGCAGCGGCUAAGGGCGGAGCAAUGUCUAGUGAUCGCGCAUGCGUGAUAAACAUCAGCACGGGCGUGGCUUCCAUAACCGAGAAUGAUACCGGUGGUGCAUACUCAUACAGGACUUCAAAGGCGGCGCUUAACAUGAUAACGAAGAAUCUCAGCCUCGAUUUGAAGAAGGACGGUAUUUUGGUCUCCGCGAUACAUCCGGGCUGGAUCAAGACCGGUAUGGGUGGUCCAAAAGCUACCACAGAGGCAUCAGACUGUAUUGAAGCACUGUUAAAGGUCAUUGACUCGCUCAAUAGUGAAGAAAGUAGUGGGAAAUUGUAUCAUUAUAGCGGACGAGUAAUGCCUUGGUGAUACAACCGAUAAAACAGUUACUGUAAAAAUUUGAUUUUGUGGUCAUAAAAUGUCAUGGUUUUUGACAUAAUACCUAUUUCGUUGGAAUAUAAUUCUAUGGAUUAAUUCAACCACGAAAUCCAUGGAAAUUAGUUCCCCAUCAAUAUUGACGAUUUUACAGUAUUCAAACUUUGAAAAUGGGUUUAAAAGUUAUGUUUUAACGUAUUUAAAAAUCCAUCCAUAUGAUAAGGUAUUAAAAUAUUUAAAUAUAA